UCAACCACAACGACGAGGGGUCACCUCGGACAUCGACAGCAGUAACAUCAACUCAUCUUACAUCCACCACCACUGUAAGCAUCGAGCCGACACGCACGACCCAAGCCCAAAGGAACCCACACCCGCCGCCAGUCACUGACCUUCCUGCUCCCCUUCCUCCGGACACAACCCUCCAAUUCGCCGCUCAACCUCUUCGACGCCGCCUUCCUCUAUCGCCCCUUACCUCGACCACCUCCAGAGGCCAGCAUGAACAGGCAAGGAGGUCAACCACGCCAGACUGCCGCUCUCCCCGCCGGCUUUCGAUCAUCGAGCGCAGGCGGACCCCAGCCCGCACAGCCCAGCGGCGCCAACGGCCUGUACUAUGCCUCGGUGGGCAGCGGCGGCGCCGGACAGCAGCCCGGACAGCAGCAGCAGCAACAGGCACAGCAGCAGCAGGGCCGCGGCGUCCUCGGACAGCAGAGCUUGCAGGGCGGAUUCCCUCCUUCCUCGGGCGCACUGGGACGCGGAGGACCACCUGGAUUCGGUGCCCGCGGAGCUGAUCCAAACAGCGACUUUCCCGCCCUCGGAGCAUUGAACUCGAGCCACGGCCAGCACGGCAGCGCAUCGACGUACGCUGCCCAGGCUCAGCCAUCAGGCGGAUCCAACCAGGCGCUGCUGCAACAGCAGCUCUACUUGCACCAGCAGCAGUCUCAACAGCCUCUGGAUUCCGUCCUGGCACCUCCACCACCGCCAGGUCUCUCGGGGCUCGCAUCCUCAUCCGCACAAGCCAACGGCAACCCCGUCGGAAGCGAAGGAUUGAGAGACGACUUCCCUGCAUUGAGUGGGGGAGAAAAGGACGCAAGGUGGGUCGGCUUGCCAAAGCUAGCACCCCCAGGAUCACCCGAGGCAUCGCUAAACGGACCAAGCUCUUCACAGUCGACAUCGGCAACACCAUCAACGAAUCCUCCCCAUCUGCAGUCUGGGGGCGGACCGCCCUCAACGUCCGACUCGUCAUGGGCACGGCAAUCGCCUAGUCGCCCCAACGAACCCCUGGUCCGGCCCGUGCAGCAGAUCAUGUCAUCUCCAGUCGACAAGUGGGGACUCAAGGCCCUGCUGUACGAGAUUCGCACACAGAUGGGCAAGGGCGACCGGAGUAUGCUCAUGUUUGGCGAGAACUUGGAGGAUCUUGGUGUAGACGUGUCGUCAGCCGACCCGCUCUACUCUACGUUUGUCACACCAUGGGCAGAACCAGGCACCAUGCUCCCACCCCAGAUCGAGGACAUGUUCAACAUCCCCAGCUGCUACCACGUUGUGCCACCGCCAGUUGAGACCAAGCUUCCCAACUUCUCCGAGGAGACGCUCUUCUACAUCUUCUACUCGGCACCUCAAGACGUUGUGCAACUCAUGGCCGCCGAGGAGCUCUACAACCGCGGCUGGCGCUUCAAGACGGACCUCCGAGUCUGGCUCACGUCGGCGCACCUGUCGCAGAUUGACCUGCACGCCGAGGGCAACCCAACAGCUGUUCGCGGGCCAUUCACCGUCUUCAACCCGGCUACAUGGGCGCGCCAGGACACUGCUCCCGACUUUACGGUCGACCUCGCCGCGCUCGAAGCUACGCGCCCCGCUCAGGCCAUUAUCGCUGCCGAGAAGGCCGCGCGCAAGGAGUCUUCUGUCCGCAGCCCGAACGGGGGCGGAUCGAACAACUCUGGUCUGCUGAGUGCUGUCAUGGGCGGUGGAUCAAACCACCAGCAGCAGCAGUUCCAGCAGGCGGCGCACUAGGCCGCGGCCCAGUGGGAUCCGCAUGCGACGUGUCAGCCGGGAGCCAGCCAGCCGGCCGUGCCGGUGAUAAGAAGAUGACGCAGGUCGUGGAGAUUGUACCAUGGCGGCAGGCAUCGGAGUGCGAUGCGAUCGAUGUGAAC